UGUCCAAAAGCCAGCACUUCGCGGGAGUGAAAGCAACUCGCUGUCAUCAUAACCCUUCAGUUUACAACCUCACGAGCACACGGCUAAUGACGAAUCCCAUGAAUUGACACACUAUUCUUUCCUGCAGUUUGUGGAAUAACAUGAACGGAUAUUUCACGAAGUCUUUUUGAAGCACGCACGACACAUAUCUGGUGUCAGAGGAUAACAACCCUGGAAAAACAUUUACUUACUUGCAACACAUUUUUGAAGGCCGUAACGGGUAUGGCCCGACCAGAGAUGGAAAGCAAGGUGGCUGAUUGCAACCCCGGAGCACCGAACAGCUGCAGGAUGGAGGUGAUAUGGCCCAACGGCAGCAUCAUUCAGCCCUGCCACCGGCACCGACCCAUUGUCACACAGACCACCACUGUCUCCCCACCACUACCCCACAUCCCAACACAAGAUGCCUUCAGCUCAGACAGUGUCCAGCAGCAGGACUGUCUACUCAGGGAUAUUUCAGGUACAGAACAGGAAGUUCCCCUGCCUGAUGUGCUAGCAGACAACCAGAGCUCCUCAGAAGACUCGACGUCCAGCAGCUCUGCCGCGGAGGACAACCCCAGGCUGGAGGAGCAGGCGGUCGAGAGGGUGGCCCUACAGCUGAGGAUCAUCGGAGACCAGAUGAACGAUGUUUUUCUUCAGAGGAAUGCUGACCCACGCUGGCAAAACUGGAGGGGCCUGUACCACGGGUUCGUCGCAUUCGUCGCCGACACCAUCAAUGCUUUCUACCAGCACGGGUUCAGAUAAACAGACGGGUUACGUCACAGGAAGAGUGCAGGCGCUCUCCUGCCGACCACUUAAAGACUCUGGGACUUUUCUGCGGGAUCAGAUGUCACGUUUGGUUGUUAAUUUGUGUUUUUUUAUUUGUUUGUUUUGUCAUCUUUUUUCAUGGAUUCUCAUGUAGCAUAGUGACUGAAGCGUGUGUCCCAGUAGAGAUGUCAGUGGGAGUGCGUGGCUCUCGGUGCGUUUGCAUACUCCUCUGCAACUAACUGCAAUGCUGUGAAGUUACAUUAAGCCCGGGUCGCUCUCAAGCAAACAGAGUGAUUAGAUCUGCACAGCGCCUCGGGCCCAGAAGUACUUUAUGUGUCAUGGGUUUUCCUCUCAGCCGCCUUACAGGAGCAAUAACUGCGCUGCACUAUCAGUCACCAGUAGCGCAGGGCGCGCACCCGCACACCAUUAAUGGGAAACGGGCGAUGAUUAUUAAGAUAAUGGAAUGCUCUCAUACUUUAUUAAUGGAGCACAGUUGGACCGUGCCUUGCUAACAUCCUUCUUGAACCCUUCCUUUACUAAAGCCAUCAGGGACAAUCAGCUGAUAGUGUGCGGGUAAACCGGCCCUGUUGCCCCCCUUACCUGAAUCGACACUUGGGGACACAAAUUUGCCACUUAAUUCAAAGAUUGGUCACCUCCAAUGGAGGUACAGGAGUGAGGCUGGAAGCCUUGUGGGAAAGCCAGACCACUAUUAUCAAAAUGGCUGGAGAGCAGUGUUAAUAUUUGUUAAUAUUAAUGGAUUAAACAUGUACAUAUUUUGUGAGGAAAAAAAGGACCGGAUAGGAUAGAAUAAACAGGGAGUUUUGUUUCUUACGUAUUUUGUAUAUUUUGAUGAAAUGACCUUAAAGUACUUAACAUUAAGUUCCUUUUUUCGGUUUGAGAUUUGUUUUGUUCUGGAAACAUUUUUUUGGACCAACACUGGAAGCAGUUGUUCUAAAAUCCAGUGGAUUUCUACUUGCAUUUUAUUUAGAUUUGAAUAUCUGGAG